ACAUUGCUUAAAAUUGUGUCUCAUUGUACAGAGAAUCUGUUGGGUUUCAUUUCCUGACGAUUAUUCAUGAACGUUUUAAGUCAUCAGAAAAUGCUGGAAAAGUUCUGCUACUCUAUAUUGACAUGCUUUUACAAAGGAAGGAAGAACUGCUUGCCAAGGAGAAGAUUGAAGAAAUCAUUUCAGCUCACCACACAGGAAGACAACUGACAGCAGAAUUAAUGAACCAGUUACACAACAUUCUGUGGAGAAAAGCUACCAGUAGUUUUGAGGUACAAAAUUACGCUGAUGCUCUACAAUGGUACUAUUAUUCUCUGAGGUUUUAUUCACCUGAUGAAAUGGAUCUGGAGUUCGCCAAGCUGCAGAGGAACAUGGCUUGCUGUUACCUGAAUUUGCAACAAUUUGAUAAGGCCAAAGAGGCAGUGGCAGAAGCUGAACGAUAUGAUCCUAGAAACAUUUUCACUCAAUUUUAUAUAUUCAAGAUUGCAGUCAUAGAGGGCAACUCUGAAAGAGCUUUGCAGGCAAUAAUUACUUUAGAGAAUGUAUUAACAGAUGAAGAGUCAGAAGAUAAUGCUCUAGUUGCAGAGAGAGAUUCACCUACCACGCUUCUAAGUUUAGCUGCCCAGUUUGCUCUCGAGAAUGGACAACAAAUUGUGGCAGAAAAAGCUUUGGAAUAUUUAGCUCAACAUUCAGAAGACCAGGAACAAGUUCUUACAGCUGUAAAGUGUUUGCUUCGUGUUGUUCUUCCAAAAAUUGCUGAAAUGCCGGAAUCUGAAGAUAAGAAGAAAGAAAUGGAUAGACUUUUGACUUGCCUGAAUAGAGCCUUUGUGAAACUUUCUCAGCCUGUUGGCGAAGAAGACUUAAGUUUGGAGUCAAGAGCUAAUGAAGCUCAGUGGUUUCGAAAAAUAGCUUGGAACUUGGCUGUGCAAUGUGACAGAGAUCCAGUGACAAUGAGGGAGUUUUUCCUACUUUCUUAUAAGAUGUCCCAGUUUUGUCCUUCUGAUCAAGUAAUUCUGAUUUCACGGAAAACAUGUUUACUGAUGGCAGCUGCAGUUGAUAUAGAGCAAGGCAGAAAAGCUUCAACAGCUUUUGAACAGACCAUGUUCCUGAGUCGUGCACUUGAGGAGAUCCAGAUAUGCAAUGACAUCCAGAAUUUCCUGAAACAAACAGGGACCUUCUCAAAUGAUUCAUGUGAGAAAUUGCUUCUGCUGUACGAGUUUGAAGUUAGAGCCAAAUUGAAUGAUCCAUUACUGGAAAGCUUCCUGGAAUCAGUGUGGGAGCUGCCUCAUUUAGAAACUAAAACAUUUGAAACAAUUGCAAUAAUAGCAAUGGAGAAGCCUGCACACUAUCCUUUAAUUGCUCUCAAGGCCUUGAAAAAGGCUUUAUUGCUCUACGAAAAGGAAGAAUCAAUUGAUAUAUCACAAUACAGCAAAUGUAUGCACAGCUUGAUUAACCUCUCAGUGCCAGAUGGGGCGUCGAAUGUAGAGCUCUGUCCCCUGGAAGAAGUUUGGGGCUAUUUUGAAGAUGCUCUGAGCCACAUUAGCCGCACUAAAGACUACCCAGAAAUGGAGAUUCUCUGGCUGAUGGUCAAGUCCUGGAAUACUGGAAUACUUAUGUUUAGCAGGAGCAUGUAUGUAUCUACUGAAAAGUGGUGUGGCCUGGCCUUGCGUUUCCUUGACCACCUUACCUCCUUCAAGGAAAGCUAUGAAACUCAGAUGAAUAUGCUGUAUAGUCAGCUUGUGGAAGCAGUGAGUAACAACAGGGGCCCAGUUUUUCAAGAACAUGGCUACUGGAGCAAGUCAGAUUAGGCAAGCUCACGGCCACAUGAAGAAGAUACGUUGUCCUGAGAUGCUGACUGUUUAAAUUUUUGCCAGAGUUUCUCUUGAGCUUUUGUUUCUGUUUCCUCAGACCCUGUUUUCAUGUUGUUGAAUAAACUUUCUAAAAUAAAAGCAUGUUGAAUUU